AUGGCCACCAAACAGAACAGCAAUGAUUCAUUUGCCUGCAUCUCGGGUGGGGUAUCUCCAGCCGGUCAUACGCCGGCAGCUUCGUUUUCAAAGCAGUUACACAAAAAACGUCAACACAAGUAUAGCAGAGGUGGAUGUGUGACUUGUAAGAGCAAAAAAGUUAAGUGUGACGAGCACAAGCCCAUGUGCCAUCGGUGCAGGCGGCUAAAUCUAGAGUGUGGGUACCAGCCGUUCAAAUUUGAACAUGUGGUGAGUACAGAUCAGGUUCCUCGAGGAGCGAAAUUUCCGAAGAUUGUUUUUAAGAACAUACAGGUAGCAGGAGGGAGUGUUGGAGGUGUUGAUGAAGGUGAAGGUGAAGAAGAUGAAGAAGAUGAAGAAGAUGAAGGUGAGGCUGAUGAAGGUGAAGGUGAUGAAAAUGAUGAAAAUGAUGAAAAUACUGCUGGUAGUUCAAAGUUUCUUGGCAAUACAGAAAUGCAGCAGCAAGGAUGCAAUGGUGAAAAAUCGACAGACUGCCAGGCAGAAGAUGAUCCAGCGGUUCAGCCGGCGGAGGACCGGUUUUCGCGGCAGAUUGCAAACAUGUUGGCAAACCAGGAACACUUGGUUGACGAUAUAAUGGAGGAAAACAAGCGGUACUCGAUGCCCGGGCAGGUUCCGGUAUUUUGGAGUGGAAAAAGCAUUUCUGGGCUUGCCGAACAAUCGGAUCCGGGCCCGGGGCCUACGGAAAGCUCCGACACGGUCGGGCCGGGGCUGCAGAACUUUGCUGCGUUGUUUUUUGAUGCUGUUCCAGGCCUGGGUGCGGUGCAAUGCAAGUCAGAGCAGCUGCCAGAGUUGAAGGACACCCGUGCACCAGACGUAGACACCCGUGCGCCGGAAGAGUUUGCUCGCGGCUCGCAGUUCGAACCCCGCAGGUACGACUUUUUGCAGUGCCUCGCACGGUCAGACAGCAAGCAGAAAAUGGAUGUUUUGUGCGAAACGUUGGGUCUCACGUGGCGGGAAUCGGUGGAUUUCCGCUCGUUCAUGUUGAAUAUUCAGCCAACGUUGAACCCAUUUGCAUCGUCGUAUUUCGACUCGUCGACAACACAUGUAUUGCUCGAAAAAGCACACACAAGUCCAUAUCUCCUAAAUGCGAUGCUUGCCUGCGGUUCACGGUACCUGAUUGAGAAACUGGUGUCGGUACGCCGCGGGCUGGACAAUGGGAAUGUGGAAAACGGCCCAGACCAGCUGUCAGAGAAGCUUUUUACGAUAAAUCAUCGAAUCCGGCGAAUUGAGACCGAUCGCACCAAGUAUCUCUCGAAUUGCUAUCGGCAUUUGAAGAACUUGCUUGAGAAACCCGAGCGGAUGCCGGCGGAGGCCGAAAGUGCGUUGCUCACCAGCAUUAUUCUAACUGCAGACCUCUCAUCCUUUUCCGAUAGUCACUGGAGCGUUCACUUGAAGGGAGCCAAGCAAUUCUUGUGGGACUACGUGGAGUGUGGCCGCCCCAUUACAGACACCAUCAUCAUUUCCAAGUAUCUGCUCGCGUCGCUUGAAAUUUCGGUGCUUAUGAUGACUCCCGAGUCGUUACUUGAUCCUUCCGUCAUUUCACUCCCUGAAUUGGACAAGGCGUAUCCUGUGCCUGUUAACUAUGCUUCGAUGACCCAGCUCUAUCGUCUUGGGAUGGUCCAGGAUGGGUAUCGGGAGAAAAUCGGGCCGGAUGGGUCUGCAACCGCCGUUUUUGUCCCGGGAGCCUUCAAACUCUACUUGGGGUACACAGACGACGUUAUGAGCCUUAUAAAGGCGAUAAUCUAUGCGAGAGGGCACGCUGCAGAGACCGGUAAGGUUGUUGACCCGCUUGCAACGUGUGAGAUCUUCGCGUUGAUUGCAAAAGCAAAGAAAUCGUACAUUAUGACGAAAGACGCCCCGUUCCAGAUCCCGAUUUCCUCCAGAUUCCAUCCGUAUUACACCGGUGUUGACAAGUUGAGGGCGUACCCGAGUGCGUACGGACUCGUUUCGGGCGGCUUACCGGACCAAAACACGUGCUGGUUCUCAUAUUUCGACAUGUGCAACCAGGCCAGGGUUGAUGCCUUGCACUUGUACGUUCUUGUAAGCAACACUUUUAUGGGGAUGCCGCCCACAAACGCACAUGUCCGCCGGCUUUUCCGCCGGGCCAUGAAGAAUUUCGGCUUUCUUGUUCGUUUCACUAAAAACGAACUGCCCCAACACGAUCUGGACUUGUUGGAUCGCCACUACAAUCGUGAUCUCGUGCUUUCCGACCCUGCUGACCUCGUUCAGCUCAACACUGAGGACAACACCGUCAUCCUUACCCCUGAAAAAAUCGAUCAAGUGUGCCGCAGUGAGUUGACAAACACGUUUAAGCACCCAAUCAACUACGAUCGAUACGUUGAGUGCCAUAUAGACCACCGGAUCUGCAUGGUGCAGUGGUGUGUGAUGAUCUUUGGCUUCUGCUCCGUCACGCCCAGCGAAAAAAUCAUAAUUGAAAGCUUGCUCAUGAGACUUUUGAAGGUUGGAAUCAAGAGCGGCCGGUUAUCUUUGGAAAAGUUGUCUAGAGUCUGGACUUUGCGGAGGAUCCGGUACCGGGGGGAUUCGGGAGUGCUUUACCCACUUCAUGCUGAUUAUGGCAACGAGUUUUUCCGGGAUGAGAGCAAGGGCAUCUUGUUCACGUAG